AUCGCCUACUCAACAGCAAAGCCUACAUACGUUUUCUUGAGGCAGCCAACGGUGUCGUAUCCGCCACACGGAGGACGGGCAGACCCUCUUCCAGUACCCCUCCAUGCGCAACCUCCAAUCCAACGACAGACCAUCGCACACAUUCUCCAUCAACCCAAGCAUAGCCCAGCUGGUUGCUUAUGAAACCGGUUUCGCAGCCCUCACAUCAACAGGCCAGGUGUGGACAUGGGGUGACGAGCGAUACACCGGUUGCUUGGGCAGAGAGCCGACCAACGACAGCCCUGCAGAAGGCCCAGGCCUGGUCACCGACCUAGAAGACCUUCCCACAGGGCCCGUCACCAAACUCGCAGCAGGCGGCUACAUCCUAGCCGCGCUCACGGCAGGAAACGACCUCUACUGCUGGGGCCACGCAGGGCGCUCGCCCAUCCUGGACGAUAUCUCCGACACGCCCAGUCCCGUGGUGAUAGACGACAAGGACAUCAUGGACGUGGCGGUGGGGGAGUCACACAUGCUCGUGCUGACUUCGGACAGCGAGGUAUACGUAAUCGGCGACAACAACAAUGGCCAGCUCGGGCUGCCAGGCGUAGCCUCCACCAAAACUUGGACCGGCAUUGACCUGGGCUCUGUGCUCAGUUCAGGACAAACCGUCAGGGGAGUAGCAGCCGGGCCGAGAAACUCGUUCUUGAUCGUUGGGAAGCCGCCCGGAGCCCGGUAAAACGACCUAGCUCAGGUACUCUCUAUCACCCCGUCAUGUUCCUGUCGUCUAGUGUACAAUGAAAGGUUGCCCGCAGAGAGGGGAACGCCUAAGAGUCGCUUUCCGUUCAUCAUUCCAUCCGUGCUAUCAGAACGUCAUCGCAGUAAUCAUAGAUUCGUGAGGUAAUCCUCAAUCUCCUGCGGCGAGAGCUUCCGGAAGCGGGGUCCUACCGCACCCUCGACGCCUUCAACGCCAAGGAGGUGGUGCGCGGGCGGGCCAACAAUACCUAGUUCAGGUCAGAAAGAAAACUAAACUUGUUGAUCACGCUGGGAAACGUAACUCACCAAUCUCAAUCGUCUCC